CCUAGUCUAAAAAUUAGAGUAGCUAGCCUGCCACGGGUACCCAUCACCCAUGUGAUCCACACACCCUUUUUCUCAUCAACCCACAUCCACCAUAGACUAGAACUUAGGUUGUCUCAGUUUGAAUAUCCACGUGAUGCACUGAUACACAACAAAAAUUAAAACCCACUCCUUACUCUUCAAUUCUCAGAUUUGAGAUCCCAUAUUCAUGAUUUUACCAUUUGACUGAAGAAAUUGACUUACCUCCGAGGGUCGUUCAUGUUGUAGUCUCUCAAGAUGAGUUUAUUUGCUUGAUUGCUUCCCUAUCCCUUUAGCAAAAAUAGGUGGAAAGAUCCCUCACAGAACCAUUGAUUUGGUGUCCGAAUCAGAAGGUCAAACAAGGGAUCUUACUUUCUUAAUUUCUCUACCCUCUACCCACACAACUGGUUCAGUUGCAUGUUUUGCCCCACAACAACACCGAUUAUCUUCUUUCUCAGUUAACCCACUACCAUCAAUCAAUGACUUCCUCGGUGUUCAACAACAGCAUAUCAAUUUCGGUCUCCGACGACGAUUCCGACGAAAUCGCGGGAAAGACGAGGGUCCGAGUUCGAAGAAAACACAAGAAAUUGGGAUUCCGCGGCAAGAACGAGUUGUUUCGGCGGAUUCUGAGGCUGAUUUUGAGAUGGUGGUCGGUCUUGCUCUUCCUUCCCGCCGCCGGAUUGUUAGUUUUCGAGGCUUCCAGAAUCGGCCGGAGACCGAUUCCAGUUAUCAACUCGUCAUUCGUCACUCAGCAGAAACCAGAAAUGGUUCCGGAUACGAAACCGGCAGGGAACUUGAAUCAUCAAACUCCGACGACCCAUAUGGUCGGUGGCGUCAGAGAACGUUGCUUGAAGCUCCUACCUCCUGAAGAACUUCAGCAUCUGGAUGUUCGCAUGGAUGAAAAAUCAACUAAUCUUAUUAAAGAAGUGGUUUACAUAUCAGAGAGUGAUACACCUUAUGUUGAAAGGAACUUUACCCUAUCUCGUCAGAACACAGAUGCGACAAGAUUUAAUCUAUUUACGGGAAAUCAAACUCUUGAGCACAGAGAGAAAAGUUUUAAGGUGAAUGAAAUCACAACGGUACAUUGUGGUUUCUAUAGUGAGAAUGGAGGGUUCAUGGUUUCUGAUGAUGAUAUAAAUUAUAUGAAAACAUGCAAAGCUGUGGUGUCUACUUGUGCAUUUGGCGGUGGGGAUGAUCUUUACCAACCUAUUGGGAUGUCAGAUGCAUCAGUUGAGAAGGUUUGCUAUGUGGCAUUUUGGGAUGAAAUCACUCUCACUGCACAAGAAACAAAGGGACAGAGAAUUGGUCAGGAUCGAUUUAUUGGGAAAUGGCGCAUUGUAAUAGUUAAGGAUCUCCCUUUUCGAGACCAAAGGUUGAAUGGCAAAAUCCCGAAGAUGUUGGCCCAUCGGUUGUUUCCUCAUGCAAGAUAUUCUAUUUGGGUAGACUCAAAGUCCCAGAUUAGGAGAGACCCUUUGGGUUUGUUGGAGGCUCUUCUUUGGCGGACAAAUUCUGUACUAGCAAUUUCAGAACAUGGAGCUCGCAGUAAUGUGUAUGAUGAGGCAAAGGCUGUUGUCAAGAAAAACAAAGCCACCCCAGAGGAAGUUGAGGUACAAUUGACUCAGUAUCACCAUGAUGGCCUCCCAGAGGACAAGAGGUUUAACGGAAAGAAAGCUCUAGCUGAAGCUUCUGUGAUCGUGAGGGAGCACACACCAUUGACUAAUAUGUUCAUGUGCCUUUGGUUCAAUGAGGUGGUUCGCUUCACUUCUCGGGAUCAACUAAGCUUUCCAUAUGUUCUGUGGAGGUUGAAAGUGUUAAAGAACAUCAAUAUGUUCCCUGUCUGUACCCGCAAAGAUAUUGUUAAUAGCAUGGGCCAUGUACGCAAGGCUAAGCCUCUGAUAAAUUGAUUCUUGGUGCUCUGGUUUGGCUUUAACUUCUGUAGUGUUUGUGUAGUAUAAGCAAAACAUUCUGCAAUUACUCCCGAGUUCAUCGAUUAACAUUCUUUAUUGGAUAUGAUUUCUUCCUGUAAUUGCAACCUUUAGAGUGGCUUACAGUUUUUGUUUCUCUCAUUCAAGGUUAGGAUUAUAUAUUUAUUCUUAAUGUAGCUUAGCACAAUAUUAGAUGGUGGUAACAUUAUUUUGUCAUUCUUGAGUACAUAUGAGAACUUCAUUAGAA